CGAUGUUAGUAAUUAAACUAAACAGCUGAUCUGGUAUACUUUGAGAUGUGCAUUGCUAGAUUAUAAAUAGAGACACAUAACCUUUAAUUUUCUUAAUAAUGGUGAUAUACGGUGUUUAUAUUGUAUCAAAAUCGGGAGGUUUAAUUUUUAAUCAUGAUCACAAUAUUCCCAAAGUGGAAAAUGAAAGAACUUUCGCUUAUCCAUUGGAUAUAAAAUUAAAUUAUGAAAAUAAAAAGAUUGUUGUAUCUUUUGGUCAAAAAGAUGGUAUAAAUGGCCAUAUGUUAACUGCUGUAAACGGUAGUCCCGUUAUCGGCAAUGAAUUGGAAGAUGGAAGGGAUGUGCUGGAAAUGUUAAAUCAACCAGAAAAUUUUCCUGUAACACUAAAGUUUAGUCGUGCAAAAAUGACAACUAAUGAGAAAAUUUUUCUCGCAUCUAUGUUUUAUCCUCUAUUUGCGAUAGCUAGUCAGUUGAGCCCUGAACCCCGAUGUUCUGGAAUUGAAAUUCUAGAAGCAGACACGUUUCGCUUGUACUGCUAUCAAACGCUCACUGGAAUUAAAUUUAUGAUAGUGGCAGAGCCAUCACAGUUAGGAAUGGAAAUUUUGACGAAAAAAGUAUACGAACUUUAUGCAGAUUAUGCUCUCAAGAAUCCAUUUUAUUCUUUAGAAAUGCCAAUCAGGUGUGAACUUUUUGAGACUAAUUUGCAGUCAUUACUUGAAACGAUUGAGAAAUGUGGUAUAAGUAGUAUUUAAAUUUAUUCAAUAAAUUAGAUCGAUAUAUUUGUAAGUAUGAUGCGAAUGCAUUUAUGCAGAUACGUACGCAAAGUAUUUGUAAUAAGCAAUUCUAUAUAUAAACAUAUACAUAAUUAAAAAUAAUAUUUUUUAAAUAAUUGUAAAAGAGAUACUCAUUUUAUUUAAAAAUGUAAAAAGUAGAUCGGAUAAAUUAUAAAUAGAACAAAUAAAAAUUAUUUACUGUUACUUAUAGAUACCGUCAAAGAAAGAUAUAUAUAUAUACACUAAACCAAUAAUUAUGUCGCGUGAGAGAGGAAUAACCAAACAAGUUUAUACACCGAUACAUAUAGACGCUUGUAUUCGUAGUUCAUAUUUUGUCCAUACCUGUCACAAAAGAUAGUGAACAGCCUGAAAGAUCGCGAGUAAAUUAUAGAGAUUUUUUUUUUAAGUUGGUAUCGAAAUAAAUGUAUUGCUUGGCAUUACUGCAUAGACAAUGGUUCCAAACAAAUAUGGCUGCUCACUAUUUCACAGAUCGACUUUAGUAGAAAAAAGUCUUUUGGCUCUUGAUCGUAAUCGAGUGAUAUUUAUUUCUAUUAUAAUAAUAUUUA